UCGUCUGAUGCUGUGACAUCAUAAGUCUGCGCCGCGACCUCUCGUCUGUUGUCAUUCGGCUUAUAGAUCGCCUGAAGAAAGAAAAACUCCUGGUGAAGCGACUGAGUUCCACGUGACACUAUUAUAAAGAUGGAGUUUAUUAAAGAGGAGAGUGAAGACAUAAAGGUGGUGAUUAUUAAAGAGGAGAGUGAAGACAUGAAGAUUGAAGAAACAUUCAGUGUGAAACAAGAAGAUACUGAGACACAAACAGACCUGAUGCUGCUGAAAGAAGAGAGUCAAGAUCUGAAUGAAAUGGAAGAGGAAAAUCACAAUAUCACAACUGGAGAAAAAUCUUUUAGUUGUUUAUGGACUAAAAACACUUCCACUCAAACAGGAACUAGAAAACCUAAAUUACACAGGAGAAAUAACAAAGGAGAAAAGAGUUUCAUGUGUUCUCACUGUAGUGAGAGUUUCAGUACUAAAGUAUGCCUCAAGACUCACAUGAGAAUUCAUACCGGAGACAAGCCUUACACCUGCAAUGUAUGUGGGAAGAGCUUCACACGAAAAGCAACUGUUAAUGUUCACAUGAGAGUUCACACUGGAGAGAAGCUGUUAGCCUGUCCUCACUGUGCAAAGAGUUUCACACAUAAUGGAAGCCUUGAGGUUCACAUGAGAGUUCACACUGGAGAGAAGCCUUUUACGUGCACUCAGUGUGGAAAGAGUUUCACAACAAAAGGAAACCUUGUGGUUCACAUGAAAAUUCACACUGGAGAGAAGCCUUUCUCCUGCCAACUAUGUGGGAAGAGCUUCUCAGAACAAGGAAAUCUUACACGACAUAUGAGAAUUCACACCGGAGAGAAGCCUUACACCUGCACCCAGUGCGGAAUGAGUUUUACACAUAAGGUGUCCCUUGAUAUCCACUUGAUAAGUCAUACUGGAGAGAAACCUUACUCCUGCAAACUGUGUGGUAAGAGCUGCUCACUAAAAAGUAGUCUUAAGAUUCACAUGAGAACUCACACAGGAGAGAAGCCUUUCGCCUGCAAACUGUGUGGGAAGUGCUUCUCAGAACAAACAAAUCUUACACAUCAUAUGAGAGUUCACAGUGGAGAGAAGGGUUUCAUGUGCUCUCAGUGUAGUAAGAGAUUCAGUACUAAAGUGUGCCUCAAGACUCACAUGAGAAUUCACACUGGAGAGAAGCCUUAUUCCUGCACCCAGUGCGGAAUGAGUUUUAUGUAUAAGGUGUCCCUUGAUGGCCACUUGAGAAGUCACACUGGAGAAAACCCUUACACCUGCAAAGUGUGUGGAAAGAGCUUCACACAAAAAGCAAAUCUUAAGACUCACAUGAGACUUCACGCUGGAGAGAAGCCGUUCACCUGUCCUCACUGUGGAAAGAGUUUCACAUUUAAAGGAACCCUUGAGGUUCACAUGAGAUUUCACACUGGAGAAAGGCCUUUCACGUGUACUCAGUGUGAAAAGAGUUUCACAAAUAAAGGAAGCCUUCAGACUCACCUGAGAGUUCACACUGGAGAGAAGCCUUUCACAUGCUUUCACUGUGGAAAGAGUUUUGGGCAGAAAGGAGCCCUUGAGGUUCACCAGAGACUUCACACUGGAGAAAAGCCUUUUACUUGCUCUCACUGUGGAAAGGGUUUCAGGCAGAAAGGAGCCCUUGAGGUUCACCAGAGACUUCACACUGGAGAAAAGCCUUUUACUUGCUCUCAUUGUGGAAAGAGUUUCAGUCAGAAAAUAACCCUUGAGGUUCAUAUGAGACUUCACACUGGAGAGAGGCCUUUCACUUGUCUUCAGUGUGAAGAGAGUUUCACAUAUCACGCAGACCUGAAACAACAUUUGCAAACUCAUUCUGGAAUGACAUAUUCAGUUAUCAAGAUGGCGUUUAUUAAAGAGGAGAGUGAAGACAUGAAGAUUGAAGAAGAAUUCAAAGUCAAACAAGAAGAUACUGAAGAACAAACAGGCCUGAUUGCAUUGAAAGAGGAGAGUCAAGAACUGAAUGAAAAGGAAGAGAACGAUCAGUAUGAGAAACAUCAUGAUUUCAUAACAAAAGUUUAUAUUUGCUCACCGACUGAAAUGACUUCCUCACAAAAAAAAUCUAAAAAGCCAGGAACUAGAAGUAAUUUCACAUGCUCUCAGUGUGGAAAGAGUUUCAGACAACAUGGAAAGCUUAAAGUCCACAUGAGAAUUCACAAUGAAGAGAGUUCUUUCACCUGCCAACACUGUGGAAAAUGUUUCAACAGAAAAGAAAACCUCAAUUACCACAUGAGCAUUCACACUGGAGAGAAGCCUUUUACCUGCAAUUAUUGUGGAAGAGGUUUCAACAGAAAAGGAAGCCUUAAAAGCCACAUGAGAAUACAUACAGGAGUGAAGCCUUACACAUGUCCUCAUUGUGGAAGGAGUUUUACACAUAGACCAACUCUUAAUGCCCACAUAAGAAUUCACACUGGAGAAAAGCCUUUCACAUGCCCUCAAUGUGGAAAGAGUUUUGAUCAGCAUGGGAACCUUAAUGCUCACAUUAGAAUUCACACCGGAGAGAACCCUUUCUCCUGCCAACAGUGUGGAAAAAGUUUCAGUCGAAAAGGAAACCUUAAAGUUCACAUGAGAAUUCACACUGGAGAGAGCCCUUUCACCUGCCAACAGUGUGGAAUAAGUUUCACUCAAAAAGGAAACCUUAACAUUCACAUGAGACUUCACACUGGAGAGAAACCUUUCACUUGUCUUCAGUGUGAAAAGAGUUUCACAUAUCAAAGAGACCUGAAAAGGCAUUUGCAAACUCAUUCUGGAAAUAAUUUGCAAGGUUCUUCAGUGUGGCAAGAGGUUUGCAAAAUAGAACAAUUUCAAAAAUCACUUGCGCAUUGACUGUGGAGAAAGAAUUUAAUUUUGCUCAGUGUAAUGAACAUUUCUUUUCCCCUCAUACUUACAGAUACAUCCUGAAAAGAUGUAGAUUUGAGACCCUCUUUGUGUGGAAUGAUUUUCAAAGAGGAUCUGUGCAGAAAGAGAUGGAAGAGUCUGAAGGACACAUAUUUGAAAGAGGAGAAAGGAGACUGAGAAAAGAAGUGGGUCAGCAGCAGAGUCAGCCAAAGGUUGGAAGUACUCUGCGGUCCUGUCCUUCCUCGACCCCUUCGAGCGGGAAUAUGGAGAGUAGGGACGGGGAUGAGCAGACCGCUGGGUAUGACUGCUCAGAUCAGGCAGUAGCAGCAGCAGGGCUAUCGGAGACAGGAGAGCCAGCUGAUUUUUUUGGAAGGCAGUGAUCCUGGGUCCCCUCCACCAGAGCCCGAGUCCCCUCUGCCACAGCCUGCAGCUGCUGUACCCACAGUACCACCAACGAGGAGGAGGAGAAGGCCCCGGGAGGAGCCCAUUAAUUGAGAAGGAGCUGUUGGCAGCACUGAAAUCCAGGCCUCAACCUCCUCCCUGCUCCGAGGACGAGCAUUUUCUUUUGAGUCUGCUUCCGUCCCUGCAGAAGUUGCAACCUCAGACGAAGGAAUUUGUCAAAUCUCAAAUUCAUAAAUUAAUUUAUGAAAGCAGCACUGUUCUGCUUAAUUUGAAGACAUUGGAGCCUACAGAGUAGUUUUUUUUUUAAUUAAAUGAGGCAGCAAUCUCUGCAGGGAUUGAAACAGACUUUGUCUCCUUUCUCCUCUUUCAUUUGUGUCCCUCACUAUUCCAUCAUCCCUCUUCCAAUGCAUGGUCCUUUUUUAUUCCUGUCUCACAUGUAAGUAGUUCAAAUGUUAUUUUUAUAUUAUUAAAGUUAUUAUUAAUGUUAAUUUGUCAUUUUUAUGUUUUUAUUAAUUCUAUAUUUGUAGUGACCAAAGGUUUGGUGUGGUAAACAACAGAGUAAACCAUUAUAUUUCUCACAGGAAACAUUAUUUCCAUAUUCCAGUCUGAUUUAAAAAAAGUAAUUUUAUUUAUUCAGUAAGAUUAGAUUACUUAUGGCAAACAUUUGUUUAUUUGUACUAUGUCAUAUUGCAAAAACACAGUAUAGCAAGACAACAAAUAAUUGUUUCUUUUUUAAACAGACCUGUGCAAAAAAUUAUUUAAAGUUGUACUAUUUAUCAUAUUUUAAUCACUUCACCUUAUCAACUGUUGUGGACAACCUGCCACUCAGCAAAAGUUAGUGUUAUGUGACAGUUCUGACUCAGGAAAUAAAUAAAUGUGCAUGUUGUGAUGGAGCUGACGAGGCCUGGAACCAAGGCAACAGCAGAGUCACUUUGGAACCUCCUGAUAAGUGCAAGUGAGUUGAGGUGCAGCCAUUACCUGCAAACAGGGAAAACACAGGAGAACAACACUUUACAAUCCAAGGUAUGUUUAUAAAAGAGAUAAGUUAAGAUCUUUGUGGUUUUGUGGGUGGCUCUUAAAAGAGCCGUUGUGGGUCAGUCCUUGGGAGGACAUGAUAGAAAAAAUUAUUCAGUGGGCUGCCAUGAGACUGCUCCCUCCGCAGAAAAGUGGGCCAUAAAGGUGUCUCUCACCUGGAGUGCCUCUCUGGAGGAGUUAUUGGCUGCAACCCGUCCCAGACCUGGCAGUGGCUCCUCUCCGGUGGCCACAACCUCCCUCACUGCAGGCGCCUGUCUCGCUGCUGAGGACCUUAUAAAAUUGUGGAGAACACGUCGCUGUAACACAGUUCGUAAACGGGAAGAAGGAGGUGGGAA